AUGCAGCUGAUUAAUCGGAAUGGUACAGAAGAGGUGACCGAAUUCAUAUUACUCGGCUUCCAGCUUCCUAGAUCCUUCAAAUUCGUCCUUUUUGCAGUGCUUCUUGCUGUUUUUCUCUUAACGCUAGCUGGGAACAUCACCAUCAUCACACUGGUGUGUAUCAAUCACAGCCUCCAAACCCCCAUGUACUUCUUCCUCUGCAAUCUCUCCUUCUUGGAGAUCCUCUUUGUUUUGUCAAUUUCACCCAAAAUGCUGGUGAAUCUGGUUUCCAUGAACAAAGCCAUCUCCUUCUUGGGCUGUGCCUCCCAAUGCUACUUCUACUUCUUCCUCGGUACCACUGAGUUCAUCCUCAUUGCUGUGAUGUCCUUUGACCGCUAUGUUGCCAUCUGCCACCCACUUCGCUAUACCAUCAUUAUGAAUGGAUGUGUCUGCACCUCUUUAGUCCUGGGUUGCUGGAUCGGUGGUUUCCUUUCUACCCUUGGUCCCAUCUUUUUGCUGUUCCGACUAUCCUUCUGUGGCUCCAAUAUCAUUGAUCAUUUCUUUUGUGACUACGCCCCAAUGAUAAAACUUUCUUGCAAUGAUGUACAUUUCAUCCUGGCUCUGGAAUCUGCCCUGUCCUCAGUGGUGCUCCUCAGCUCUUUGUCCAUCACUAGCAUCUCUUACCUCUACAUAAUUGCAACCAUCUUGCGUAUGCAUUCCACCAAAGGCCAGCAAAAGACCUUUUCUACCUGUGCUUCCCAUAUCAUGGUAGCCUCUAUCUUCUAUGGCAGUGCCAUCUUCAUGUACUCUUUGCCUAGCAAGGGACGCUCUCGAGAUGCCCAGAAGGCAGUUGCAGUACUCACCGCUGUGAUCACCCCAUUAUUGAACCCUUUUAUUUAUACUCUUAGGAAUGAGAAGGUCAAGGAAGCCUUAAAAGAAUGUCUGGACAGGAAGAAAUUUUCACCAUGA